AAUGCGGUUUUUUCUGUGAUUGAAUUUUGAUAGAAAAUGAAUAUCAAAAUGGAAAAUACAUGCAGAUUGUGCCUUAAUAACAUCACAAAUAGUAUUGUUGAAGUCAUCGGGAAAUUUACCAUUGAAGCCUUAGAUCUGAUCUUUCAGAAUUUGAAUUUGAAUGUAAGCGAGAAACCUGUAAUGUGUAACACUUGUUCAGAUCACCUUAAGAAGUCUUUUGACUUUAAAAGUAUGUGCCUCGGUGUCGAAGACAGCAUCAAACGUUUUGCCGAUAGAAAAGGUGAAAUAACCUUAUCAGAAGUUUAUAAAGAAAUUAGAGAAAACGUGGAUACGACAGAUUUAGAGGACAAGGAAAUCUGCCGAUUUUGUUUGAACGUAGUAGCAAAUAAUUUUAAAUCGUUGAAAGAGGAUGCAAUUGCAGAUAUGACGCUCGAGUACAUACCAGAAUUGAAUUUGAAUAUUUCUCCAGACCCCGUUCUGUGCCUACCUUGCUCAGACGCUUUUAGAAGUUACGUCACUUUCGUAACUAGUUGCUCUAAUGUAGAAGAAGAAAUAACUAGGUAUCUUCAUACCGUCGGAAGUGAUUCAAAUGGCUACAUAGAACUAGCAGAAGUCACACGAUUUGCCCAAAAAAACCUAGACAGCGUCACCAAUUCCAGUCCAACAACGGUAAAACUAGAAACAGCAUCAAUGGAGAAAAUUAAAUGUGAGAAGUAUGACGAAGAUUGCUUUACGCCAGUGGAUUUCGUUAAAACGAAAGUGUGUAAGGAAGAUGUAGAUGAGGACACUUGUAUGGAGUCCUUGGGAUAUACAAAGUGUGAAGACGAGAGCGGGAAAGAGUGUAAAUCAACAGAACUGUUAUUAGAUGAUGUGAAAACGGAAGAUUGUGAUACCAGCGAGGGGGGCGAUGAUGAGGGAUACAUCCGUUACGACGAUCGUUUGGAUUUGAGCGUCGAGAAGGCAAAGGCUGAGUUGAAAAGGGAUGCACAAGAUCCUAACAGUUUCCAACCUUCCUUGCCUGCUAAACACGAACAUCCACUAGAACUACACUCCUUUGGCUACGACCCUCCCCUCUACCAUCUCAACGCAUACGCGGCGUCGCCAGGAGGCCAAGACGAGGUCUCAGACCAAUCGCAGAAGUUAACAUCGACUCCCACUCCCCACAUACCGACCGACGAGAAGUAUAAAUGCGACACCUGCGGCUACCGAACGAAAUACGAGGCCUACCUAACGAGGCACCUACAGAAACACAAGGACAAACCCGCACCCCUCAAGCCGGGCAGUAAAAUCCGUUCGGCGAAGCGAACGCAGCGCCCAGACGACCAGAUAUUGAAAUGCGACUUAUGCGACUACGAAACCGCCCACAAGUACCGCCUGAGACAGCACGGUUUGACCCAUAUGGACCCGUCCGAGGUGCCGUUGCACGAAUGCGAACAGUGCGGUUUUAAAACGAAGUGGAGGAACACGCUGCGGAAGCACUCGUUGCGACACAAGGAUAGCUCGGAAGUGACGAUGUAUUCGUGCGAGUUCUGCGAGUACACGACAAAGUGUAGGAGUUACCUGUUCCAACACUCGCUGGUGCACCGGGAGGCCCCCGUGCACAAGUGCGGCAGCUGCAGCUACGAGACCAAGUACAAGUCGUACCUGACGAGGCACCUCCUGAUGCACAAGAACCCCUCGGACAUCUACAAGUGCCCGGACUGCCAAUUCAAGACGUACUCGGAGGUCAGCAUGAGCAAGCAUGCGACGAAGCACGGCGACGCGUCGAAGAGUCCCAGAUUUAAAUGCGAGGUUUGCGGGUACCACGCGAACCGCCAGUCCAGGCUGAAGGCGCACAUGUUGACGCAUCAGGACCCGGCCGACGUUCACAUCUACGAAUGCGACCAGUGCAAGUUCCAGACGAAGUGGCGGUGCACGUUCAACAAGCACCGCUUGGCGCACGACACACCGUCGCAGGCGCUCACGUAUUCCUGCGACUUGUGCGAGUAUAAAACCAGAUCGAGGGUAUACUUGAACAAGCACUCGAUGGUGCACAAGGAUUCGUCGGAGAUAGAGAUGCAACGGUGUAAGUUGUGCGGCUUCCGGACCAAGACGACUCAGUACCUCCGUUCGCACAUGUUGACCCACGUGGACAUGGCGAAGCUGGACGAGGCGGGGGGCGUGGUGAACGGCGAGAAGAUUCAGGUGUACGAGUGCGACGUUUGCCAGUAUAAAGCGAAGCGCAAGGGGCAGCUCGUCCAGCACAUGUCGAAGCAUACGGCAGGGGAGGUGAAGAUGUACAGGUGCGAGACGUGCGGAUUCGAGACUAAGUGGACGCAGAGUUUGAAGGCACACAAGAGGUCAAUGCAUAAGUGAGUUUUACGGUUUUUUGAACCGGACCGGUGGAUAAAUUGCGCGCAGGUCAGGGAAUCGGCUUGCAAUAUUUUGUAUUGUGUGACUUAAGGGGGUUAGUGUCUUUUUUUUGCCCGUUCAAGAGAAAACAAUGAAAUUUGGAAGCGAGUAUUGUGAGAAUGGUUUUAAAAACCCGUAUGGUGAAUUGUGGUCAACUUUUAAUUUAACUUUUUCGUAUAGGGACUACUCUUAAGUGCUACUAUAUGCUGCUAAGUGCUACAACCCCUUACGUCAAAACGAUUGGAUAUUUUCAUUAUGUCACGAUAAUACUUUUUGCGUAACAAUCUCUGCUGUCGAUAUUUUUUUAUUUUUAGUCGCAAAAUAGAGAGAUUUGUGAUGACAACUAUAGUUUUUCCGAAGUCAAUUGAAGAACCAAUAAUUUCAAGAUUUCAGGAAAUGGCAAAUCAUGGAACGUUUAAUCAGGGUUUUGGUUAACCAUGCUUGAUAUCGGAACACAACCUCGAUAAUUUUGGAGCGAGGAGGACUA